CCGGAAGUGGUAUCUGCGCGCCAAUUUCGAAACUGCGCCAUUUUGGUUUUUACUGCUUGUUUACUUAUUAGUAUGUGAUUUAGCUCGAUUGCAGGUAACUUGUAAUAACGCGCUAUGAGUACGAAGGGGAAAGAGUCCGGGGAGACUCCACAACAGACAGCUGUCAGCAGCGGCGAUGGCGACUCCAUUAAAGUGUUUGUCCGCGUGCGGCCGCUGACCCAGGGCACCGGGCUGACGACGGACGGCGACCAGGGGAUGUGCCUGACCGUCACGUCGCCCAACACCAUCCGCCUGCACGCCAAGCCGGAGCCGCGCACGUUCACCUACGACCACGUGGCCGACGUAGACGUCACGCAGGAGGCUGUGUUUGCCAGUGUGGCCAGAAACAUUGUGGAAUCCUGUGUGAAUGGAUACAACGGCACUAUCUUUGCUUAUGGUCAGACUGGCUCUGGGAAAACUUUCACAAUGCUGGGUCCCUCCGAUUCCAACAGCUUCACAGACGACUUGCGGGGCGUCAUACCUAGAAGCUUCGAGUGUCUCUUUUUCCUCAUCAGCCGGGAGGUGGAACGGUCUGGAAGCUGCAAGAGCUUCCUUUGCAAGUGCUCCUUCAUCGAGAUCUACAACGAGCAGAUAUAUGACCUUCUGGACAGCGCCUCAGCCAGCCUCUUUCUGCGUGAGAACAUCAAGAAGGGCGUGUUCGUGGAGGGUGCCGUGGAGAAGAUCGUCACCUCGGCUGUCGACGCGUACCAGGUGCUCUCCAUGGGCUGGCGGAACCGACGAGUGGCUUCCACCUCCAUGAACCGGGAGUCGUCACGGUCCCACGCGGUCUUCACCAUGACGCUGGAAUCCAAGGAGACUGUGAACGAGGUGGUGAACAUUCGCACAUCCCAGCUGAACCUGGUGGACCUGGCCGGCUCCGAGAGGCAGAAGGACACUCACACAGAGGGCUCCCGGUUGAAGGAAGCCAGCAGCAUAAACCGCUCCCUGAUGUGCCUGGGUCAGGUGAUCAUGGCUCUGGUGGACGUGUCCAACGGCAGAAGUCGCCACAUCUGUUACAGGGAUUCCAAACUCACCUUCCUGCUCCGGGACUCUCUGGGUGGUAAUGCCAGGACUUACAUCAUAGCCAACGUGCAUCCCGGCUCCAAGUGCUUCGGGGAGACGCUGUCCACCCUUCAGUUUGCACAGAGAGCCAAGCUCAUCAAGAACAAGGCCAUGAUCAACGAGGACACGCAGGGCAACGUCAAGCAGCUGCAGGCCGAGCUGAAGAAGCUGAAGGAGCAGCUGGCGCUGGCUCUAGCGGCUGGGAUCAGGGUGGAGGACGGCGGGACAGAUGUUGCCCCCGGAGGCCCCCAGUUGCCGGCCGUGCCGCCGGCUGAGAGCAGCUCGCAGGUACCUUACCAGAGACGCUUCACGGAGGCCAUGCUGCUCUGGAGAAGGACAGAGGAAAUGAAGAAGUCACUGCUUCAGAAGCUUGCACAGCUGGAGGAGGCCUGGACCCAGAAGGAGAAGUUCAUCCACUCCAAUCGCAUGAUCCUCAAGUUCCGGGAGGACCACAUCUCGCGGCUGGAAGUGCUGCUGAAGGGAGGCCAGAGCAGGCUUGCUGACGAGGAGACCCAAAACCUGGUGAAUCAGCUUCAGCAGGAGAUCAAGAUACUCAAGGAUCAGGUGGAGCGUCAUCCUCGCAUGAUCCGGUAUGCUGCAGAGAAUUUCAGCCUUAGGGAGGAGAACCGACAGCUACGGGCCCUGGAGUCGGUCCGGAAGGCUGUGGUGGCCGACGCUCAGACCGCAGCCGAGCUGGAGGUGCUGCUGCAGAGCUGUCUGGAGGCAGAGAAAACCCCUGGAGGCCCACCAAGCCACUCUACCUCGGCGACCAUGGAUAGCAUCUCUGCAGCUUCUGUGGAGCGGCUGAAGUCCCAGCUGGUUCAGAAGCAGGCAGAGCUGACUGCCACGGUCCAGGCUCUGGAGGAGUACAAGGAGGUCACCAAAAAGCAGUUGUCAGAGCUAGAGUCUGAGAAGAGGUACCUGGAGAAAUCCAACAUGCACCUGGAGAACAUCCUGGAGGCCACGAAAGCCCACAAAAACCUGGAGGUUUCCCAGCUGAACAAGCUGCACAUGGAGACCAUUAAGAGUCUGACCACACCCACCAAGACCUACAACCUGCGCUCUCGCCUGGUGCCCCUGUCCAGCCCCGAGCACUGCAACAGUGACGAAGACGUGGAGGACAUUCGCAGUGAGCCCCCGCCCCCAGACAUGAACGAGGUCGCCUGUGAGACCCUGGCAGAGGAGCUGCGGCUGGCCCAGGAGCAAGCCGGCUCCUUCCAGAACCAGCUGGAUGAAGAGCAGGCGAAGGGCAGGAAGCUGCAGCAACAGAUCGCAAAGCUGGAGGAGCAGGUGUCCAGGAUGAAGGAGGACCUGCGUAGCAAAGAGGAGAUGUACUCCUCUGAGCGGGGUGUCUGGACCAAGGAGCAGCAGACCCUACAGGAGAGCGUCGCCGCCCUGGAGACGGCACUGCAAGAGGAGCGGGGCAGGGCAAACGUGCUGAACAGCGAGGUGCACGACCUGCGGGUGGUGCUGCAGUCAGCUGACAAGGAGCUGGAGGUGGCGAAAGGCGAGCUGGAACAAAAACGCGGCGAGCAAGACCAGGAGCUGGAACGGCUCUCUAGCACCCUCAUCAGCACGCAGCUGCAGCUGGAUAAUCUCAGGCUGGAAUCAGAGCAGGUCCUGGAGGAGAGGCGCCACCUGCAGGACGCCCUGGACACGCUGCAAGCAGAGAUGAAGUUUGAAGCUGACCAAUGCAGACAGCAGCUGGAGGAAAAGGCGGCGGAGACUGACUGCCAACAGGCACAGCUGGCGGCUCUGAAAGAAGCCCUGCAGUCUGAGAGGGAACAUACAUCCUCCCUGACGGUCCAGCUCAGAGAAGACCAGGAGAGCACCUCCAAGGAGCUGGUGAGGUCAGGGGAGGAGAACGCCCAGCUGAGAAGUCAGGUGUCUGAGCUGAGCGCACUAACGCAGCAGCAGGCUGCCGGCAUCCUCGGCCUCGAGCGGAGUCUGUCCUCGGCUAAUGCUGCACUCGCAAGUCUGGAGCAGAAGACCGAGGCAGAUAAAGCCUUUGUGGUGGACCUCAUAAACCAAACCAGAGACCUGCGCAGUGACCUGGGUCAGAAGGAGUACAGCCUGGCCCUCCUGACGGGUGACCUGAAGGACAUUACGGCCAAGUACACCUGUGCCUGCGGAGAACGUGAGGAGCUGCGAAGGAGCAUCCUCAGGAUGGAGGAGGAGAUCCAGAAGCUGAGAGAGGCAUCCCAACGCCGGGUGGCUUCCGACCAAAUCGCUCAAGAGCUGCUGCAGGAAGACCUGGCUUAUGCUGCUGAGGAGGUGGACAGACUCACCAGGGUGCUGGACGAGCAGGCCGGCCUCCUGCAAGCUAUGCAGGACCAGGCAGCCCAGAAGGAAGCCACUAUCCAGGAGCUGCAGGGGCAGGUGUGUGGCACGGGGGGCAUGGGCGUUUCAGUUUCUACUCGGAGUCCAGAAACCCUGUGGUUUAUGUAGAUUGGUGUGUUUGAAUUGUUUAGUGUGCUCCUUGGACUGGCAUAAUGGGCAGAGCGCCCCUGUGCUUUCUGGGAUACGCUGUUAGCUCCUGCAGUUGAUAAACAAUUCUGGAAGUUCUAUGUAAUAAAUUUUUCUAAUUUUUUUUGUGGUGAUGAUGCUGAUUGCGUUUUAUAUGUAUCUUCAGUGUUUCCCGUAG